AAGACAACUUAACAAUUGGUUGCCCCAAAUCAUUGACCAUAUAGUUAGUUUUCAUUACUUUUAGUAUGGUUUCACAAGACUCUUCCCCAAAUCCAACCUCGAGUAUUUUUCACCAAUUCAUGAUCUCAGAGUCACUUACUAGUGAAAACCAAUUUCAAAUCCCACAGUUUGAUCCUUAUGGAACUGACUUCAGAGGCAGUAGUGAAUAUCCUCAGUCUCUUGGUGUGUUGCCCACCAUUCAUUCUCUUCAAGUAAGGGUGUCUGGAUCCAUAGACCUUGUUCAUGCUCCUCCAAUAGCAGAGGCAUCUGAGAUCAACCAUGGUAGACACUUCAUGAAUGAACAUAACCAACAAACCCAAAGGCUCUCAUUGUCCCUUGGUUCUCGUAUGCUUGUUCCCUCUGUCCAAUUCGGGCAGAGACCCACCAAUUCAAGUCUCAUAGUUCCCACAGGUAGUGCUUUUGCUUCAUCUUCCACCUCUUAUGGAACAGAAUCUUUAGCUAUUUCCGUUGGCAAUUCAAAAUUUCUGAAACCAGCUCAAUCCCUUCUGGAAGAAUCGGUUAAAAUUGGUGGGAAAGCCAUUGACAUAAGCAAUGAGAAAUAUAUCAGAAGCUUAUCUCCUAACAGCAAAAGAGGCUCACUUGGAUUAAGUUCUCAACUUAAAGCAGAGUUAUGCAACAGUGGAUUGUCUGCUGAGAAACAUGAACUCCAUGUUAAACUUUCAAAGCUUAUUGCCUUGUUGGAAGAGGUUGAGAGAAGGUAUGAGCACUACCAUCAUCAUGUUGAAGAAUUGGUUUGUUCAUUUGAAGUGAUAGCAGGUGUAAAUUCAGGCAAGUCUUACACUGCUCUUGCACUUCAAGCCAUGUCCAGACAUUUCUGCAGCUUAAGAGAUGCAAUUCUCUCUCAAAUCAAUGAAACAAGAAGAGAAUUUUCGCAAGAUAUGCCAAAAAUCAGCACUGGUUUGUCACAACUUAGCUUGUUUGAUCGAGAGAAUCGACACAAUCGAAUAUCUCUUCAGCAGCUUGCACUGAUCCAAAGCCCACGGCAACAAUGGAGACCUAUCAGAGGAUUGCCCGACACUUCUGUUGCAAUCCUUCGGUCGUGGCUUUUCGAACAUUUUCUCCACCCUUAUCCAAAUGAUUCUGAAAAGCUUAUGUUGGCAUCACAGACAGGCCUAUCCAAGAACCAAGUUGAGAGAAGGUAUGAGCACUACCAUCAUCAUGUUGAAGAAUUGGUUUGUUCAUUUGAAGUGAUAGCAGGUGUAAAUUCAGGCAAGUCUUACACUGCUCUUGCACUUCAAGCCAUGUCCAGACAUUUCUGCAGCUUAAGAGAUGCAAUUCUCUCUCAAAUCAAUGAAACAAGAAGAGAAUUUUCGCAAGAUAUGCCAAAAAUCAGCACUGGUUUGUCACAACUUAGCUUGUUUGAUCGAGAGAAUCGACACAAUCGAAUAUCUCUUCAGCAGCUUGCACUGAUCCAAAGCCCACGGCAACAAUGGAGACCUAUCAGAGGAUUGCCCGACACUUCUGUUGCAAUCCUUCGGUCGUGGCUUUUCGAACAUUUUCUCCACCCUUAUCCAAAUGAUUCUGAAAAGCUUAUGUUGGCAUCACAGACAGGCCUAUCCAAGAACCAAGUUUCCAAUUGGUUCAUUAAUGCUCGAGUUCGAUUGUGGAAACCUAUGAUUGAAGAAAUGUAUAACGAAGAGUUUGCAGACUCAUUGGUUGAUUCGAAUCCAUAGUUAGCAAGCACUUCUCUACAAUGGAAGGCAUCACAGAUAAUGCAGAGGAGUGAAAAAAGUGAUAGGAAGGAUCAGAUAUUAAUAUGUAACCAAUGCUUUUUGAGCAAUUUCGUUUGGUUGUUUGAUCUAUAUAGUAAAUUGAAAGCUUUUGG